UUUGUACACCAUUAACUUCAAAAGUCAUAGAGUUGAUUAGCAAAAUUAAUCACAAAACAAAUCAAGAUUAAGGCUUAAGUAAAGAGAGUAAUUCAUAAAAAUGGCUGAUGUUGUAGUAGAGAAGCAAACCACCAAUGAAAGUCAACAAGAACAACAAAAAACUACAGAAAUCAAGCAUUCUGAAGUUGGUCAUAAGAGUCUCCUUCAAAGUGAUGCCCUUUAUCAGUAUAUUCUUGAGACUAGCGUCUACCCAAGAGAGCCAGAACCCAUGAAGGAGCUUAGAGACAUCACUGCCAAGCACCCAUGGAAUCUUAUGACAACAUCUGCAGAUGAAGGGCAGUUUUUGAGUAUGCUUCUAAAGCUGAUUAAUGCAAAGAACACAAUGGAAAUCGGUGUUUACACUGGUUACUCUCUUCUUGCUACUGCUCUUGCUCUUCCUGAAGAUGGAAAGAUUUUGGCAAUGGAUAUAAACAAGGAAAAUUAUGAAUUGGGUUUGCCAGUAAUUCAAAAGGCUGGAGUUGCCCACAAAAUUGAUUUCAGAGAAGGUCCUGCUUUGCCUGUUCUUGACGUAAUGGUCGAAGAUCCAAAGAACCAUGGAUCAUUUGAUUUUGUGUUCGUGGAUGCUGACAAAGACAACUACUGGAACUACCACAAGAGGUUGAUUGAUCUAGUGAAGAUCGGAGGAGUGAUCGGAUAUGACAACACCCUAUGGAACGGAUCUGUGGUUGCACCCCCAGAUGCUCCCAUGAGGAAGUAUGUUAGGUACUACAGAGACUUUGUGUUGGAGUUCAACAAAUCUAUCGCGGCUGAUCCUAGGGUGGAGAUUUGCCAACUUCCUGUGGGUGAUGGAGUUACCCUGUGCCGCCGAAUUAGCUAAUUUGUUCCCACUCUUACAAACCAACCCUUUGGGCCUUGAGAAUAUUUUCAGCACUAAAUGCAUAUUUUCUUGUUUUGUUAAGUUUUUGAUUUGUACCUGUAUAAUUUUAAUCAUUGUAAUAUGGACCAACCCGAAAAAAAAGAAAGAGUUGUGAUACGUGGGCCUAGGCCUAAUAAAUGAAGGUUUCGUUAUCGUUAACCAGUUGCCCUUUUGAAUUUUCAACCUUAGUCAAGUGACUCAAGUGACAGAAGUGGUAAUGUGGAUUGUGGAAUUAUGUAAUGAAAUUAGUAGAUUAUUUUAAUCAUUCACCAAAAAACAGAAAAAGGUAA